CCCGCCUUCCCCCGCGCCGCCGGAGGUGGCUCCGGUUCCCGGCCCGGCCAUGGAGCCCUGGGUCCGCUUCAGCGCUCAGAGCCAGGCCAGGGAGCGGCUGCUGAGGGCCGCGCAAUACGCGUGUGCAUUGGCCGCGGACGCGCUGCGGAGGAACGGGGCGAGCACCGCGGCCCUGGAGAGCGUCCGGCGGCUGGAGGAGCACCUGAGCCUGGGCCGCAAGCUGCUGCGGCUGGGCAGCGCGGCCGAGGCGGUGGAGGCGGCCAAGAGGGCCAUGCACCUCUCGGACACGGUGCUGCGGUUCUGCGUUACCCUCGGCCACCUCAACAGGGCCUUGUACCUGGCCUGCGAUAACGUGUUGUGGGCCGGCAGGAGCGGGCUCGUCCCCGGUGUGCAGCAGGACAAGUGGAGCCUCCGGUCCUUCAGGUACUUCCUCUUUGCCUUGGUGCUGAACCUGAGCCGUGAUGUCUACGAGCUCCGCAUCCUGCUGGAGAGGGAGGCCGGGGGGAGGCGAGGCAAGGGCGGCUACAGCGCCCUCCAGGCCCCGGCUGGGCCCCGGCUCCAGCAGCUGGGGCUGAGGCUGCGGCUCCAGCUCCGGCUGCUGCUCCGGGUGCUCCGCAAGAACCCCCCCCUGCUGCUGGACCUGGUGCGGAACCUCUGCGACCUCUUCAUCCCCCUGGACAAGCUGGGGCUCUACCGGAGCAGCCCUGGCUUCGUGGGGCUCUGCGGCCUCACCUCCUCCGUGCUCUCCAUCCUCACCAUCUUGCACCCCUGGCUCAAGCUGAAGCCGUGACUGGGCUCAUUCCUUGGCUGGACCGAUGGGAUGCGGUGGGAAUUCGGUGCCAGUGAGCAAUGGGAGAACUCAAUGGACCUAAACGUGGUUCUUUUCCCCAUCGGCUUCCUUUUAGGGGAUGGAUUUUCCCUUUUUCCUCUUCAGAAGGAAUCUCCCAAACUGGAUCCAGCCAAAAGAGCUGGGAAAGGCUCCCUGGGUGUCUCUCCCAGGCUUGAGGGGGUUAAACCAUGGGGUGGGAUGAGGUGGGAUGCAUCCAACACCCCUUUGGAUGAGCUGGGCUCGAUUUGGGAUGCCUUGGAGCUCUAUGGAUUCACCCUGUUGCACUUUGCUUCCCACAUGUUCUCCUAGGGGCUUUUCCCUGGGAUCAGUCCAGGUGAGGGCAGCUCCAUGCCAUGAUUCCCAUUGUUCCCAUCAGCUUGUUCUGCUGCCUCACUGGGUUUAUCCAUUUCCCUCGGGAUUUAUGGCCCUGUCCAGGGCAGGCAGCAGCAUUCCGGCUCUGAGGAAUGGGGCUGGGAAUUCCCACCGGUGGAGAGGGGAAAGUGUCAUGAAUGGGAUGAGGAGCUUUGGACUUUGACCCUGGAAUGGGGUUCGGGAAGCUCCCAUGCCCCGAGGUACCCCCAGAGUGCUGUUAAUAAAUAGCCUGUACAUGCGUUA